AUGUCGCGUGGUCGCGCCUCGCUGAGUACGAGCGGAAUUGCGUUUGUGCCUCGUCAUCGUCGCGAGGUUUUUCCCGCCUGUGGGGCGCACCGGUGGGCCAUGCUGGUUAUCUCGUCCUCGUACUCGCUCCGGCGCCGGAGCAUGGCGCUGGGUCUCCGCUCUUCUUGGCUUCCGGCAAAGGCGACCCAGUGCCUGGCCCUCAAGGCUUACCUGCCCACACUAAUAAGUUAA